ACGACUGAAUUCUUGAAAAUCUACACUAUCGCUGGAUUCAAUUAAUUUUUGCUGAUGUUUGCAGGAAUAGUGAGCUGAUUCGUGAGUUUUGAAAUGAUUUUUGUGCCUUACUUGGAUGCUAUCAGUAGGGAUACGUCGGUCAAAUAGCAGUUAGUUGCAGAAUUGAGGUGAAGGUUGUGUGAAGGCCUAGUGGUGUGUAAGCGCAGUAACUACUGUCGAUAAUCUGCCUUCAUUUGAUGCCUUUUAAAUAGUGUCGCUCAAUAAUGUACGGAAACUUUGGAAGACGAAGCCCCAGCCCGAUGAGGAAUCAGGUGAGCGGCUUGCGGCGUGGCAGUGGUCGGCUGGUAGGGAUAAUCCCGCCACCUCCUCCACCUCCUCCGCCAUCCGAGCCUGAUCGGGACGAAGCGUUCGUCCAGGAAACUGGCAUUAAGGUAUACACGUCAAUGCCGUCCAGAACUGCUAAAAGGAGAGAAGACGCGAACCCGGAGGGCGAACUCAACCCAAGUCAUGACGACGAGGAAGAUGAGAAUGAGGAUGACGACGAUGACGAUGGUGAUGAAGGUGAUGUUGCUGAUGACGAUUGUUACGAGAUAAUCAUGGAUGAUGCGAUUAUAGAGGAAGAUAAUGAGGAUGAUGACGACGAUGGAGAUUAUGAACAUCAUUCAAAAUCGAAGAUCGCCAGUACUGCGAAGACGCAUACUAACGGUACUAAGCCGCUGCUGUCGGUCGCGACCGAGAGUUGCGACACUAAAGAAGUGUUAGAAAAUGCUGAAAACAUCAAUAAUCAACUGAGGUCCGACAACUUGGUUGCGCCUGCUGAUUCUGUCUCAAGUUCCGGUGCAACCAACAGCUUUUCGAGGAACAAAAGCAGUAGCGGGGUGAGCAGCAACGAUAGCAGCUCUGGGGUUCUGCAUGGCUCGGGUAACGAUUGCACCGAGGCGAUACCUUCUGUUAAAAUACCCGAUUCUCAAGAACAUUCCAAAGUAAUUUCUCCUAUAGACGUAGGAAACCCUAGAAGUUUACAGCAAGGCAAUUCUUCGGAAGGAAGUGGUAGCGAUAUGAGUCGAAGUAGUAGCAACGGUAGUCACAACAGCGUUAAAAUAAACACCACACUUUCGUCUUCAUUGAAAGGCCUUAAUUUGAUCACAAGUCCAACGACUACUACUGCCCCUACUCAACCAUACGCUCCUCUGUCCACCCACUGCACCCCAACCAAAGAAAACAAUCCCUCAGAGUUUCUAGUUCGUGGCAAACCUAACAGAAUGAGUUUGCCUCUAAGGGACAGAUUCAUCGCUCGUCCUACAGUCCUGCAGGACAAUUCCAACUCUGCGACUGGAGACGUACGAGCUAAGGAUGGAACUCUUAGAGCCACCAGGACCAUCUGGUUCAGAAGAUCCUUCAAAAAUCCUACAGCGGAUACGAGCGGGGCUGCGGUGACAUCGUCGGCUGCAGGGACAGCAAAGCUACAGCAGCUACAGCAGCACAAAGCCCGAGAUGUGGGCAAGCUGAUUCUGUCCCACACCGACACGAGGGAUGACUUCGAUAUCUACAGCCACGUACACAACGAAACAGAAACAAAUGACAUCUUCGCAGAUACUCGCACCACGGUCGUUGGUUCCUCCUCGUGUGUUGUGGUAGGGGAUUCUCGUUUGCGUCACCGCCGAAAAUCCGGCGACGACAUACACAAGCUGGCGACCGCAGACGCGACGCUCUGCAAUCAGAGCAUCGGGGGCACGCCUUUUGGGGGGCGCCGGCGCCACGAGGGGGGCUUCUUCGACUCGUUUAGGCCGCGCUCGAAAAGCGAUGCCAAAGCCAUAUUGCAAGCCCGCCAGCGUCGUCGGUCAGGAGAAGACCUGUUAACUGCUUCAGGAGCUCGUGAAGCUCCUGCAGCAGCAGGGUCUCGGGAGAAGAAGAAAGAAGCGUCGCCUGGAUUCUUCGAGAGCAUCAGGCCGCGCUCCAAGUCCGACGCUGCGAGACUUGCGAACAAGAAACCUAACAUCAUGACAACCAUGAAGAACGCCGUUCAGCUCUGGAACGAAGACAAGGAGCGACGUAAGCGAGAGCGCGACGCGCUGCGACGCGAGCGUCAGAUGUUGCUGGGCCGCUUCUCGCAGUCCUGUCAGCACACGCUAGUGUCCCCCGGUGGGGGUGUGGGGAGUGGCAGGGGGCAGCGGCGCAGUGGGGAGAGCACGCCCCCCCUCGACGCUCGUAUGGGCAUGACGGUCCACCACGGGGGCGGUGGUGGGGGCGGCGACCCCUACCUGCACCACAACACCUGGCACGCCGGGGGCGCUGUGUGGGCGUUGUUUGACUGA